AUGGGGCGAUUCGCAGGGCUUGCUCCCGUCCCGGCUGCCACCGUUUUCCUCCUCCUGCUCCGCUGUGCAGCCGGAGCCCCCCUCGUAGAGGGAGGAGGGCCCAACGAGAGACCCAUCGUUGGGAUAUUGUCACAGGAAUGUCACUUCAAGAAGUUCCACAGAUUUGGAAGUUCUUAUAUUGCAGCUUCAUAUGUGAAGUUUUUGGAGUCUGCUGGUGCCCGAGUUGUGCCAAUAAGGUUAAACCGUUCAGAUGAAGAAUAUGAUAAAAUAUUCCACUCUAUCAAUGGGGUACUCUUUCCAGGAGGUGGUGUGGAUCUUAAGACUUCAGAAUAUUCCAGGGUUGCUAAGAUAUUUUACCACAAGGCACUAGAGGCUAACGAUAAAGGAGAUUAUUUCCCAGUAUGGGGAACAUGUCUUGGACACGAAGAGCUUACCUAUCUCACGAGUGGUCAAGUUUUACUUGUUAACACAAAGACGAAUGGUUUUGCACUCCCUCUGAACUUCACCUCAGCUGCAAAAGACAGUAGAUUAUUCAAGAAUUUCCCUGAUGAUGUAUUACAUGCAUUUGCUACUGAGCCGUUGACAUCAAACUUUCAUAUGUGGAGCCUCUCCAUGGAGAAUUUCACAAAAAAUGAGAAGCUUCGUAAUUUCUAUAACGUCCUGACCACUAACACCGAUGAUGAAGUGGAGUUUGUAUCGACCAUGGAAGCAUACAAAUAUCCAAUUUAUGGUGUCCAGUGGCAUCCAGAGAAAAAUCCUUUUGAGUGGAAGAAUAAACCUGGCAUUCCCCAUUCCCCAUCAGCUGUAAGAGCAGCAUAUUACAUAGCUGACUUCUUUGUUAAUGAAGCCCGGAGGAGCCUGCACCGUUUCCCCAGUGAAGAUGAGGAAAGCAAAGAAUUGAUUUAUAAUUAUACUCCAGUUUAUACGGGAGCAUUUUCUUCAUUUCAGCAGAUCUAUUUUUUUGAUUGA